AUGACGCUAUCCACGGAUGUGAAACGGUCCGAACCCUUGGAGAUCAAAUUAUUUGGCGAAUCCAUCCAGCACUCCAGGGCCCCGUUGCUCCUCAACUACGUCUUCUCCAAGUUGGGCUUCAAUUGGAGGUAUGGCUUGUUGGACAGCAGUGAUAUUCCCGAGUUCGAACGGUUCUUGUACUCUGAAAGCUGUGCUGGCGCAGCUGUUACAAUGCCCAACAAGGUCAGGAUGUUCGAUAAGGUGAAUACUGUGGACGAAUCUGCCAGAGUAGUAGGAGCCAUCAAUACAAUCUACUUGCGAAACGACAACGAUGGGAACAAAUUAUACAUUGGUACUAAUACAGAUACAAUAGGCAUCAGAGAUUCAUUCUUACUAAAUGCCAAAGGUAUUGUGGCCACAUCGAAGAAACUAGCAAAACCCGGAUUGGUGUAUGGUGGAGGAGGUGCAUGCCGUUCAGCAAUAUAUGCUUUGCACGAAUAUUUCCACUGCUCCACUAUAUAUGUGGUCAACAGAUUUGCUCUGGAAGUGGAAGCGGUACGCGAAUCAAUGGUUCUGGCAGGUUUCCAAGGUAAAAUUGUCCAUAUAGAGAGCCCAGAACUGGCACAAGCCGUGGAAUCGCCAUUGCUUAUAGUGAGCACCGUUCCGGAUUUUGCACCCAUUACUGAGGAAGAGCUUUUGGCCAGAAAAACAAUACAAGUUUUUCUAGAGUCGAAGACGAAAGGCACUAUUCUUGAGAUGUGCUACCAUCCCAAGCCAUCCACAAGACUUUUCAAGGAGUUCGAGGCUAGUGGUUGGAAAGUGAUUUCAGGCAUCGAAGCCAUGAUCUACCAGGGUCUUGCCCAGCUGGAGUUGUGGACUGGGACCACCCUUCCGGAGAGUAGCAUUAGGGAGACAAUAGAGUAUGUCUACAAGAUAAUCGAAAAAGAGUAG